AUGCAGCCCUCGUUUCACCCGCCUCCUCAGCAUCACGAGACGCCGCAGUAUGCCUCCUUCGAUACACCCAAGAACCAAGACUCGUUGCCGCAAAUGCCUAGCUGGGAAGGAGCGGGAUCCAGAAAGGUUCUGGUUGAGGAGGACAACGCUGUCGAAAUGAACCAGCUCAAGAAACCAACACAUGACCCACGUACAGGCUUACCCGCCGCUGGCGCAGUUAGCCCAAUGAAUGCUGCCGACGGCCGGGGUCCCUACAAUCCUCCAAACCGCGGGCCUGGGGGCCCUGGACGAGGCUACAUGGCGAACAAUCUUGCUGUAAGCCCGGGAGGAUACGGGCAACGACCUGUCAGUCCCCUCAACGAGCCUGGAUAUGGUAAUAAUCAAGGCUACAACCAAGGAGGGCCCGGCGGCCCCGGCGGCCCUGGUGGCUAUGGCAAUAACGCAUACAACAAUGCUUACAACCAAGGCCCGGGUCAGAAUCUCAAUGUGCCUCAUGAGUACAACGCCAACCGCCUGGCAGAUGGCUAUGGCCUCGACCAACCAUACGAUUCGCCUGGCGCCAGUGCUGGUGGCCAUGAUGGGGGCCACUCCGGUGCGGCAAUGGCCGGCGCAGGGCUCGCUGGUGGGUUAGCUGGCGCCGCCCUCGCCGCCGGGGCUAUGCGACACCAGUCCCCCGCACCAGGGUCCCGCGGCUACGGCACUCCUCAGCCACAACCAGUGUCGCCGUAUACUGAGCUCUCUGCUGAACCCAAUCCAUUUAGCGGCCAGGAAGGCGGAUUCGUCGAGAUGCCCAACGAACCGAGGCGUCAGGAGCAGCCCCAAGUCAACGUCCAUGCUGCUUUUGCCGAAAUGUCUGCCGGCGCCAUGACCAAGGCUCCCGUACAUGAAGAGCCUAAGAAGCCGGAGCCUAUUGCUUACGAGAUGGCGACCGACCAGGUGGCCCCAAUUGAGCUUGAUGGCGGAUAUAUUGGUCCGACCCAAACAAAGCACGCGGAGGGCUCGCCUCACUCUUUUGCUGCCGAGCUUGCUGCUCAGCCUGCUAGCCGGAGCCCUCCUGCGCAGAGUCCCGCGGCCCUGUCUCGUCAUGAUGCACCCGAAGUCUACGACGCUCAAGAGCACUCCGUCGUGAGCGCUGUUUCUAGUGGCUCAGGUGCUGGGCAGUAUGGGCAGUACGGCCAAUCCCCUACCGACAGCAGAUCAGCCCCUGACGGCUACGGCAUGAGACGUCAGCGUACUGGCGAUAAUGCAGCCCCGUCGAAUAUGGGCCCCCGGCCGCCAUAUGGCAUUGAUGCUCGCGGGAGAAACUCUCCUAGUUCCAUGUCUCCCAGAUCACCGGGGCCUCGUGGUUCUCCCGGUCCCGGCGCUGGACCUCGACGCGGUCUCGGCCCACGAGCUGAUCAGCCCUUUAACCCUUCGCCUCUCACUACACCAGCGCAUAACGAGAGCCCAUACAGCCGUCCCGGCUUCAACCAGGGCCCCGACCCUAACCGCACAUACUCGCCCGCCCCGCGGCAAGCACGCAGUCCCGAUCAUAACGUGCCCAUCGGCCGACCCAACGGGCAAACGGCGUUUGCCGAGCCCCAGCCGCAAUCACCCAUCACCAACAAUGCCGGAUUCGACUUCACCUCUGGUUUCUCGCGGCCACAAACCGCGAACAGCGAGCGGCGCCAACCGCCGCCGCAACAGCAAGGCUUCCAGGGCCAGCCUCGAGCGUACAACAACCAAGGCCAGGGUGGCUGGAACGGUUACUAA